UAACAGCAACAACCAGUUCAGUAACGUAUAUGUACAGUUCUGGAUAGCAACAAAAGAAACCAAAAAGAUAAUGCGUGAGAUAAUACAUUUGCAAGUGGGACAAUGCGGAAAUAGAAUAGGAUCAAAGUUUUGGGAAACUCUCAUUGCGGAGCACGGAAUAAACGAAAAAGGAUUCUACCAUGCUAGCGCAGUGAAAAAUGUUUUGGAAAGGGACAAUGUUUACUUCCGAGAAAUGAAUGGUCACCAUGUUCCCCGUGCAGUAUUGGUCGACCUCGAGCCCGACAGUCUGGUACGCACUAGAUCAUGUGCUGUUGGUCAACUGUUUCGUCCCGACAACUAUAUGUUUGGUACCAACGGCGCGGGAAAUAAUUGGGCUAAAGGUUUUUAUACUGAAGGUGCUGAGAUUUUGGAUGAUAUCAUGGAGGUCAUACGCAGAGAAACGGAGAGCUGCGACUGCUUUGAAGGGUUUCAAGUGUGCCAUUCGCUCGGCGGUGGAACUGGAUCGGGCUUAGGAACGCUUAUAGGACAAAGAAUUAAGGAUUUAUAUCCCGAUAGAAUGUUGAUGAACUUCAGCGUUUUCCCUUCUGCUGAGGUAUCUGAGGCUGUUGUCGAACCGUACAAUGCGACGCUGUCUAUUACUAAGUUGCUUGAACACUCUGAUGAAGUUAUUUGUUUCGAUAACAAAUCUCUCUACCAUAUCUGCAACAAAACCAUGAAGACUAAAACUCCGCAUUACAAGGAUCUCAAUUAUUUUAUUUCUGUUGCGAUGAGUGGUGUUACCACCAGUCUAAGGUUUCCCUGUAAUUUGAACGAUUCUUUACUCAAAUUUGCACUAAAUAUGAAUCCAUUUCCACGAUUGCACUUCAUUAUGCCUGGAUUUUCUCCUAUGUCGAGCGAAAAAGGAGAUGAAUUAACUUCUUCUGAACUGACCCAGCAAUUGUUUCACGAAGAAAACAUGUUGAUGUCUUGCAAUCCCGCCGACGGGCGUUACUUAUCUGCAUCGGCAUUGUUCAGAGGCCAGGUGUUGAUGGUAGAAGUAGACAAAGAAAUAGCUAAAAUCCAGGACGAACGUCGUAACAAUUUCCCAGCGUGGAUUCCAGACAAUCUUUUAACAGAUUACUUUAAAGUUCCACUUGGAAAUCUAAACAAAGCAGCCACAGUCGCAUGCAACAAUACGGCAAUACAAAAAAUAUUCACUCGCGUCUGUGAUCAAUUCACCGCAAUGUUUCGCCGGAAAGCGUUUUUGCAUUGGUACCAGGGCGAAGGCAUGGAUGAGUUGGAAUUUACAAAUGCUCAUAACGACAUCAAAGAUUUAGUCAGCGAGUACCAGCAAUAUCAAAAAUGAUGAAAUACAGUAGAAAUCACCAAAGCCCGUAUGGACCACAUGAGUCGCCCAGAAGUCCUAAAAUUAAAAUUAGUUCUAAAAUUAGCUCAAAUAACGUCGGUUAUCAAUAAGGUGCAUAUAUUAAUUUUAUUCGUUGUUAUAAUUAUAUCACCCUAAUAUGAGAACCGUGAUUGAACAUGGAAUAUCCAACUCAAGUAUUCUAAUCAACUUUCACCCAUCAUUUUAUUACGUAUAUUGUUAUAUUCAACUUUAUCAGUGUCUCCUCGUGGUUGAAUACCAUUAAUAGUGAUGGUUAAAGCUCAAUCGAGCAAAUUGGCUUUUCAGAAGUGUGCAUCCAACUGGUAUAGUCAUUAGCCUAAUCGGUAUUCAGGAAGAAGCCCUCGGUUUCAUAAAGGUUGGUGACCCUCAGAAUAUAUAAUGAUCACAGUGAGUUAACUACUGUAUCAAAAUUGAAUAUCUCUCUCUCUCUCUAUAUAUAUAUAUGUAUACAAGAAACUCGAAAAAUGGAAAGUAAACAAACCAUUUUAAACAUUAGGCCUGAUGGAGAAUGUCGUCAUCGGAGCAUAAAUUUGCAUUUUCAUAAUUUUGGUCAGAUUGCUUCCUUUAAUCUUGACGUGUAGGCAAUCUCAUUAAGUUUGCUGAUAUACCUGGCUACAAUUUGUUAAAGGAUUUACAACGAAACUGGAAGGGUUUGGAAAUUACGCGUAAGGAAGAAUAACGGAGAAAAGCUCUAUUUUGCCAACCAUUAAAAUGCAAUUUGAUUAAACUAAAGACGAAUGCAAAUUUAUGUUAUAUUUCCCUCAAGACUUGAUAUUAAAAUUGUUUUGUUUAUGCCAUCUAUUUUCGGGUGUGGGUGCAUGCAUCCAAGAUUCUAUUUUAAGCUUCUCAUUUUCGUAAUUUAUAUUUUAAAUGUUAUUCAUAUUUUAGAUAUAUAUAUAUAUAUUUACUUUUAAGUCAAGUAUCUCACAAUAUUGUUUAAAUGCUUUUAAUAUAAUAUUUAUCAGUAAUGACCGAUACGAUGUUCAAAAAAUCGGGAAAUGACUGGUGGCGUGCAUUUUUGUACAUCCCCGGAAAAGUUCCAUGGCGGGCCAUGCCAUAACUGUAAAACCAUCAAUAACUAAACUAACGUUUUCCGGAGAUGAAGAAUUCACCUACCGAAGAAAGUAGUAGAAUGCCGACCUUAUGGUACCGUCAUGUGGUACAGAAAGAAAUGCUGCUAUAAAACAACAAAGAGGAGAAACUAUAAAAUUGUAUGAAGCACUCACACUUGUCAGACAAUAAAUGAAUGUGUAUACUUUUCUCAAAUUUUCAGGAGUUUUUUAUCGCGAAAGAUUCCGGAAUUGUUUAGUAAAAACCCCUAACUCGAAAUAUCAUAUUAGGUUCCGAAAUCCCAACCCCAGGAAACACUCGUACCUUCUUCAUCGGCAACAGCUUUCUAUUUGAAUUUUGCACGUUUCAAAUUUAUUUCAUGUUUUAUCCGAGCAUCUUUCAUUUCCAGGCACUCGUACUCCAGAAACACGCUCGUCUCACUUUACCACACUCGUCCAACUUAUCCCACUGUUCCGAAUUAGUGCACAUUUAUGUAUGUUCUGGGAAAAUAGUUGAAGUAAGUAUAUAUAAGAAAAGGAAAUCAUGCUUUUCCCGUGAUGUUAGAUAUGAAGCUUUAGCUGUUUAGCAUAAGGUAAGAGCAGGGGCGGAUUAAGCCUCUUUGGUGCCCUAAGCACUGAAGACUUUGGUGCCCCCCCAUGUGUAAUUUAAUUAUAAAAACAAUAAACCACAUUAGUGUAUUACCUAUUAAAA